AUGGCUCUCAAUUAUAUUGUAACUGCACAAAAAGCGACAGUGAUAACGCAUGCUGUUGUUGGAAAUUUUUUGUCCCCUACAGAACUAACCUUGGUGCUUGCAAAGACGAAUCGAGUGGAACUUUUACUGGUCACUCCAGAAGGACUGAAGCCUCAUACAGAUUGUUCAGUAUAUGGGCGUAUUGCUGUAAUGAAAUUAUUUAGAGCACCUGGAGAAAAUUUGGAUAGUUUGUUAGUUUUGACAGCAAAAUAUAAUGUUGCUAUAAUUCGUUGGACAGCCAAAGGUGAAUCUCGCACUCGAGCCUCUGGACAUAUUGUAGAUCGAGUUGGGCGAUCAUCUGAAACAGGAAUGAUAGCAAUUACCUAUGCAUCACUUUUGAUGUUUCGUUUGUACGAUGGCCUUCUCAAAGUUGUACAAUGGAAUGAAGGAAAGGAUCUCCGUGGUUUCAACGUUCGAUGCGAUGAUUUGCACAUCAUUGAUAUAGCUUUCUUGUCUGAUCCAGACCGUCCAACUAUUGCUUACAUAUAUCAAAAUGAUAAUGGUCGUCAUUUAAAAGCCAUAGUACUUAAUGUGGAAGACAAGGAGCUUAGCCCGCCUAUUUGGAAACACGAGCAUCUUGAAGGCGAAGCAAGUAUGGUGAUUCCGAUUCCUCAGCCUAUAGGCGGAUGUCUUGUUGUUAGCUCUGAUGCUGUUUCUUAUCAUAAAGGUGAGUUUAAGCCUAAUGAUGAAUAUUUAGGAGGAGAGAGUGCUAUUUGCUAUGCACCAAUGCCUGCAUCAAAAUAUCGCAGAACACACCCAAACUGCUAUGCAAUAGUAGAUCGUGAUGGACAACGACAUUUGUUGGCUGACUUAUCUGGUAAUUUGUACAUGUUGUUGCUAGAGUUAAAUCAAAAUGAGCAGAAAGGAGGAAACUGUGAUCGAUUUGUCAAAGACAUGAAGAUCGAAUUCUUAGGGAUAACGAGUAUAGCUGAGUGCCUUUGCUAUUUGGAUAAUGGAGUUUGCUUUGUUGGCUCUCGUUUUGGCGAUAGUCAGCUCAUACGGCUCAGCACAGAACCAAGAUCUGAUGGUACUGGUUACAUAACGUUGUUAGACACUUAUACGAACCUUGCUCCUAUAAGGGACAUGACAGUAAUGCAGUGUAAUGGUCAGCAACAAAUUGUUACUUGCUCUGGAGCUUACAAGGCAAGUUUCUCCUUUAUUCUUUGUGAUGGUACUAUUCGCAUUAUAAGAAAUGGCAUUGGAAUUCAGGAGUUGGCUUCUUCAGAAGUAAAAGGCAUUAAAAAUAUGUUCACUCUUCGCCUGAAAGAUGUUGAGCUGGAUGACUAUUUAAUUAUUAGUCUUAUUGAUACAACACACAUACUACUUAUCAAUGGCGAAGAAUUAGAAAAGAUUGAUAUAAAAGGUUUCAUCACUGAUGACGGAACUCUUUGGGCAGGCUGUCUGUAUCGUAGCCACAUAAUAUUGCAAAUUACUCACUCAGACGUAAUUCUGAUUGAUGAGGAAAAUAUUCAGAGAUGGAGAGCUCCCAGUCGAAUUACAGUUGCUGCUGUAAACGAUAGAACUGGUCAAAUUAUGCUAGCCUGUGGAGCUAUUUUAAUAUAUUUAGAAGCUACAGUUAAUGGUAUUAGUGUAAUCACUCAAGUCGAGGGCAAUUUUGAAAUUUCCUGCCUCGAUAUCAGUCCCAUUGGAGAUGCAUCAUCGCAAUCCGAAUUAUGUGCUAUUGGCUACUGGACAGAUUUAUCUGUUGCUCUUCUGAAGCUACCCUUUUUAAAGGAAGUGAUUCGGGAAAAAAUACCUGGGGAUAUGCUUUCUCGGUCUAUUAUGUUGAGUUAUAUGGAAAAAACACUUUAUUUGUUAGUAGCUCUUGGAGACGGAACAGUGCAUUAUUUCCAUGUUGAUAUAGAGCAGGGAAAACUCUUAGAACCAAAAAGAGCUACUCUUGGGACACAACCUACACGGUUGCGUAAAUUUCAGUCUCGAUGUUCUCCAUUCCCCAAUAUUUUUGUAUGUAGUGAUCGUCCAGCAGUAAUUUAUUCCUCAAAUCAAAAACUUUUAUUUUCUAAUGUCAACCUUAGAAUGGUUACGAUCAUGACACCGCUACAUUGUCUUGCAUAUUCUGACGCAAUAGCUUUCACUGACGGAUAUUCUUUGUGUAUUGGGAUGAUUGAUGACAUUCAAAAACUGCAUAUCAGGACGGUUCCAUUGGGAGAAAGUCCUUCUCGAAUUGCUUACCAACAGGAAACAAAUACAAUUGUUAUAACUGUUGAACGAAUGGAGGUUUCUAUACCAUCUCUGUUUUUCACUACCUUCCAGUUUGUGGAUUCCAUGGGAAAGCAUUAUUUUGUCGGACAUUGCGCAUCAAAAACUGUUUUUGGUGCAUCGGGUCGGUUUAAUGCAUUAAAACGAGAAUCUGGGCCUGGAUGUGGGCCUGAACAGAUGGAGGUCAGUUCUUUGUUAUUAUUAGAUGCGAAUACAUUUGAAAUUUUGCAUUCUCACGAGUUCGAGCUGAACGAAGUGGCAAUGUCAUUGGUUUCAUGUAAGCUUGGUAAUGAUGACCAACCAUAUUAUGUCGUAGGAACUGCUGUAAUUUUGUCCGACGAAACGGAAUCUAAACAGGGCCGCAUUAUGAUGUUUCAAGCAUGUGAAGGGUCAGAUCGUUUGCGUUUAGUGUAUGAAAAAGAGAUAAAAGGAGCAGCUUAUUCAGUUCAGCCAAUGAAUGGAAAAUUGGUUGUUGCUGUCAAUAGCUGUGUGCGAUUAUUUGAAUGGACUGCUGAUAAAGAAUUACGGCUCGAGUGUUCUGAUUUCGAUAAUGUGACUGCACUGUAUUUGAAAACAAAGAAUGACUUAAUUUUGGUGGGCGAUUUGAUGCGGUCUCUUUCUUUGCUUUCGUAUAAGUCAAUGGAAUCAACUUUUGAAAAAGUUGCUAGGGAUUUUAUGACGAACUGGAUGUCUGCAUGUGAAAUAAUAGAUUCAGAAAUUUUCUUAGGCGCUGAAAAUUCACAUAAUCUGUUCACAGUUGUCAAGGACCUGUAUUCAGUGUACAAGGAAGAAGGAACAAGAUUGCAGGAAACAGGAAUGUUUUACUUGGGUGAAAUGGUCAACGUAUUUUGUCAUGGAUCUUUGGUUGCUACUCAGGUUGAUGUACCACCUAUUUAUCAUACACCUAUAUUAUAUGGUACCGCUGAUGGCGGGAUAGGAACUAUUGUUCAACUGUCUCCUGCUCUUCACGCUUUUUUGUUGGAUAUCCAGCACCGUUUAGCUGCAGUAGUAAGCAAUUGUUUGCGGAUUUCACAUGCUCAGUAUAGAACAUUUGAAACAGAGAAACGGUCUGAAGUUGCGAAUGGCUUCAUUGACGGUGAUUUGAUUGAGACUAUUUUGGAUAUGAACAAGAGUAUCUUGGAGCGUAUUGUCAUGGGACUUAAAAUACCACUUUCAUGCAGUAAGUUCUGA